AGCGCACGUCGUACAAUACGUCUAAAUACUAUAUGCUUAUCUAUGAAUACGUCUUUAAAUUAAAAUUUAGUAUUGCUCGAUAAACACUCAUUUAUCUAAGGCUUGUCUUAGGAUAGUGGACACUGAUUGAGAACCUAGUUGUAAUUUUUUGCUUUUAUCGUGAUAUCUCCAUUACUGUAGAGGACUUAGGACUGAUCGCGGUAGCUAUAAAAUGAAAAAAUUAACUCAGUGGGUUGUUGGUGUUAAUAUACUAUCUAUAUUGUGGUUAAGUCUACUUUUUAACCAGUAUGAUAGUAAAAUUUCUAAGGAAUACUUCCUUGUUAUACAAUUUCUUCCAAUUAUUUUACUGAUUUGUUUUGGCGUGUUCUCGUUGGCAGUUAUAUUGUAUCGAGUGGCUACUUUCAAUGAUUGUAAAUUGGCUGCAGAGGAUUUACAAGCGGAAAUAAAAGAAGCAAGAAUAGCCCUUCGACAAAAAGGAUUCAAAUUUGAUUGAUAUUUUUAUACAUAUAUAUUUACUUGCAACAACGGAGAUAACAUUCCACAUACACAAUGUUUAUAGCUAAAUGUAAUUUUACAUACAUUAUUUUAGUCUCUGAAAUAAAAAUUUAUAUUUUGUAAA